AUGGAGCUGUCUUUCACCUGCUUUGGCUACUCACCAGACGCGCUCGACUCUCUCGAGAUUCAAUAUAAUUGUGAAGUUAUGCGCAGUCGUACAAGGACAUUUCACGGCCCCGAUUUUUUCUCUUUGUGCAUGCGUCCUCAUAACGUGUUUGCUGUUAUCAUGCGUAUGGAGAGCUACGACAAUUCAUGGUCGUGGAUGGACGUCGCCUCUAUGCUACCGUGCAGAGACAUCGAGACUCUCACACUUUCCAACCCCGAUGACAAGUACUGUGACCAUGAGUUUCCCCCUACCAAUUUAUUGCGCGAGUUACGCGGCUUGCGCAGCGUGAUGCUGUCGGACAGACGGAACAUUUGCUUCCUCGACGAUCUUCCCCUUGACGCUCCCAUCUCGACAAUCAUCGCAUCUUUUCCAUCUGGAACUAAUAACGAGGAUUUAUCGGACAUAUGGCACUGUCUGGACAAGCGGGACGGGUGCCGGGACUCCGUGACUCUCAUCCUCAAAGGCGUGCUUAGCACGACCAAGGACAUGGCGCGCUAUCGUCACUUGGAAAUGCCGCUUCUAGUUGCACUGACCAAGUUCGCAGUGGUUAAGGAUUACCAGGCGUACAAACAAAUCAGAUGA